UUGGUCUCGGACUCCUGUGCAGAGCGGCGCGUCCUUGGGCGCUUUCCAUCCCUAACCUCUCCACACCUGUCCGCGUCCGGCACGGAGCUGGUCAGUGGUGGUGAGAACGAAACGAGUUACUGGGCGUGAGGUGGUUUGAAGAGCCCCAGCCGUGGGCGGUGGGCAGCCUGCAGCUCCUCACUGUUAGGCUUGGUUUGGGGCGAGGCCCGGUUUCAGGCUCUGUAUGGACACCUUCUGAAAGGACCAGCCCCACUGCCGCGGCCGAGCCCUGGGCACCUGCUUGCAGACGUCCUUUCCCUGUGGAUUGAUCUGACCCUUGUAGUUCAAGGUGUCUCCGGCUGGACUCCCCCUGCCAAGCGGCAGGCAGCAAGUUUUGAGAAGCAGCUGGAGGGUUCCUGUGAAGAUGGUGGGUGAGCGGGCUGUGCGCUGAGAAUGAACCACAGGGCGGGCGGCUGAUCUGGGGAUCCUCGCGAGGGCAAGGUGCCUGCCACGGAGGGGAGGGUCUGUGAGGUGAUGAAGACGCAUGUCGCCGCUGGUCCAGCGGGAUAACAGCGUCGUGUCAGAGGAAAUCGGACAGGACAUCCAGGGCACCACGCGGUGCCCACUUUCUCCGUUCAGGACCCUACGGCAGCGCCUUUGACAGCUGCUCGGCUCUGCUGUCGUGCCACAGAAAGUAGCCGGGGCCGGCUGUGGACCGGACCUGGCCUGCAGGCCAUCGCGUGUGGCCCCGGCGCACAGAUGAACCGCGGAAGAGCCAGGCAUCGAGGCGCACGCGGCGGCGGACCCAGGCCACCAGGGACGCGUGCUCCUCGCCCUCCUGGGGUCAGCUAGCCCGGAUGUGGACGGUGUCCCCGGGUCAACAGCGCCUCCCCAGCGACGGUUCUGCUCUUAGACAUUUCAUCAAACGGCUAGUAAACACACGGAAUGUAAGCUUUGUUUGUUAUUCAAAACUGUUAAGCACCUGCUGUGCUGGGGGUACAGCAGCGAGAGAGAGGCUUGGCUGCCCUCACGGGGUGUACACUUCAGACAAGACUGAUGAACACACAGGCCUGGCCCAGUGGAGCCCAGAUGCUGGCUGCCCCGGACGGAGCACGGCUUCCCUGCCAUGGGACCCACUCCUCUCUCAGCGUCCCGGGAAAUGACAGGACCCGCUCCCAGUGGAAGGCCCUUCUUUUCAUAUUCUGGCUCCACGAUCCCAAGAGCGGCUGCCGACCCCUCCCCAGCAUCACCAGGAUGGACUCAGGGGAGACCGGCAUGUGUGCCAGUGUGGGAAUGGCCAGCUCUCCAGCCACCCGCCAGGGGCCCCAGGGCCUGAAACGCCCCCUCCCCUUGGGCUUCGUCUGUCCUUCCUUUGUGCGCUCUGGCCCUUCGCCCCGUGGAGACCUCGCUCCAGAUGAUGGAGCUGGAAAAGAGAGAGAGAGACAGCCGGGCAGAGGGGGCCCCAUUUGCACACAAGGAUGUGUGAGUUUCCUCCAGCUGACUGCACUCCGAGGAAGCAGGCCUGUGGACCAUCUCGCUGAUAUCAGGGGAGCUGCCAGCCAGAAAUCUCGAGCUGCAGCCUGGCCAGGAGCGGGUCCACCUCUGUGGCUGGUCCUCCCCACACCCAGGAGCAUCUUCUGAGAAUCCGCGGCUGGCUGCCCCAAGGGCCCGAAGCUCACGUCUGGCAGCUCUACCACCCCUGCCACAGGGAGGUAGAGGCCCCGGGGACCCUUGGAGCAGGGGGACCCAGGGGACGGUGGCGUGGGUGUGGAAGCACGACCCGUGUCCUUUAAUCUGAUCUGGAGAGUGCCCUGGUUGGGUGUGCAGAGCACUUGGAGUGAUUGCCUGGAGAGUCACCAGCUCUGCACGAAGGAACCAUGAGCACAGUCAGCGAGGUGGUGGAGCGGGCCAGAGCCGCCUUCAACGCGGGCAAGACGCGCCCGCUCCAGUGCCGCGUCCAGCAGCUGGAGGGGCUGCGGCGCCUGAUCCGCGAGCGCGAGAAGGACCUUGUGGGCGCGCUGGCCGCUGACCUCCGCAAGAAUGAAUGGACCGCCUACUACGAGGAGAUCGUGUACGUCCUGGAGGAGAUCGACUACACGAUCAAGAAACUCCCUGAGUGGGCUGCGGACGAGCCCGUGGAGAAGACCCCCCAGACCCAGCAGGAUGAGUCCUACAUCCACUCAGAGCCCCUGGGUGUGGUCCUCAUCAUCGGCACCUGGAACUACCCCUUCAGCCUCACCAUCCAGCCCAUGGUGGGCGCCAUUGCUGCAGGGAACGCGGUGGUCCUCAAGCCGUCGGAGUUGAGUGAGAACACAGCGAGCCUGCUGGCCACCAUCCUCCCCCAGUACCUGGACAAGGAUCUGUACCCGGUGAUCAGUGGGGGUGUCCCCGAAACCACGGAGGUGCUCAAGGAGAGAUUCGACCACAUCCUGUACACCGGGAGCACCGGGGUGGGCAAGAUCGUCAUGACGGCCGCGGCCAAGCACCUGACCCCCGUCACGCUGGGGCUGGGGGGCAAAAACCCCUGCUACGUGGACAAGGGCUGCGACCUGGACGUCGCCUGCAGACGCAUUGCCUGGGGGAAGUUCAUGAACAGCGGCCAGGUCUGCGUGGCCCCCGAUUACAUCCUGUGUGACCCCUCCAUCCAGAACCAAAUCGUGGAGAAGCUCACAAAGUCCCUGAAAGAGUUCUACGGGGAGGAUGCCAAGAAGUCCCGCGACUACGGGAGAAUCAUCAACUCCCUGCACUUCCAGAGGGUGAUGGGCCUGAUGGAGGGCCAGAAGGUCGCCUACGGGGGCACCGGGGACGCGGCCACCCGGUACAUAGCCCCCACCAUCCUCGUGGAUGUGGACCCCCAGUCCCCGGUGAUGCAGGAGGAGGUCUUCGGGCCCAUAAUGCCCAUCGUAUGCGUGCACAGCCUGGAGGAAGCCAUCCAGUUUAUCAGCCAGCGCGAGAAGCCCCUGGCCCUCUACGUGUUCUCCCUAAAUGACAAGGUGAUUAAGAAGAUGAUCGCGGAGACUUCUAGUGGCGGGGUGACGGCCAACGACGUCAUCGUCCACGUCACCGUGCCCUCGCUGCCCUACGGGGGCGUGGGGGGCAGCGGCAUGGGGUCCUACCAUGGCAGGAAGAGCUUCGAGACCUUCUCCCACCGCCGCUCUUGCCUGGUGAGACCUCUGCUGAACGAGGAGGCCUUCAGAGCCAGAUACCCACCGAGCCCGGCCAAGAUGCCCCGUCACUGAAGCGCCGCCCUGGCCUCGCUGUGCUGCGCCCUUGGACGGCUGCUCCUGGCACCCCUCUUGCUCCGAGGGCAUCCUCGCCUCCCUCGCUAGAGUAGAGACCAAUAAAGUUUCC